UCUGUCUGUCAGUUGUCAACUAGUAGUGGAAGAGAACGGUUCAAAACAAGUCAAACUCCGUGUCGGUCGGAACUCUGUUGCUGUAUGGUGGAGAUUUUCUUCGCCCCAAAUCGGACAUUUAUCGCGCCGUGUGCCCCUCCGGACCCGGACCCAUCGCCGCUGGACCCCAGGAGGAACCGGAAAAGUGCUCCCCCGGACCGGACCGGACCCAUCCGUGGCUAGGUAUUGGCAAAAAAAGUGGAAAUAAUUUUUCAUUCCCCUUCGGACGAACGCACACACUCUUCUCACCGUUCGUCGUCGUCGUCGUAUAGUCGUCCGUCACACAUUUCUCAUCGACGUUCGUUGCAUCGCGUGGGACCAUCCGUCCCGUUCACGCUGCCGGUUGGCGGUGCUGCGGGCUGCGAAACGGCACGAACGUCCUGCGGGCGGCUGAGUCGUGAGACGCGAGAGAAAACGAGUUCGGGCUGAGGGACUAUAUUACCUGAUCCAGCCGUAACUCACACAGCCGGCCAGUACACCCAUAAAGUUCCGAGGAGGAACGCACACCCUUCGCAUCGGUUCGUGUAGCGCGUUGCUUCCUGGUUACAUGUUCGUGAUUGUCGGGCGCUGUGCUAGCGACUUGCGGAAGGAAUGAUUCUGAAGUCACCCUGCACUGUGCCUUCUACGUCAAACAUACGCCCCGCGAAAGCAACAAAAACAAUAGAACCAUUCGCCCUCGAGGUCGAAGAAGCAGAAGAAGAGGAAGAGGACGAAGGCGAAGCAUCGGUAGAUCCAACGCGAUCGGAAAAACGACGACGAGCACGAGCGACGUCGUGAAAUGACCAUCAUCCUUUUCCUGGUGGACACGUCCGCGUCCAUGUGCCAGAAAGCGCACGUCAAUGGCGUCCAGAAGAGCUAUCUGGACAUUGCCAAGGGCGCGGUGGAGACGUUUCUCAAGUACCGGCAGCGGUCGCAGGACUGCAUGGGCGAUCGGUAUAUGCUGCUGACGUUCGAAGAUCCCCCGAACAACGUGAAAGCGGGCUGGAAGGAAAACCACGCCACCUUCAUGAACGAGCUGAAGAACCUGCAAAGCAACGGGCUCACCUCGAUGGGCGAGGCGCUGAAGAAUGCGUUCGAUUUGCUGAACCUGAAUCGGAUGCAGAGUGGCAUCGACACGUACGGACAGGGACGGUGUCCGUUCUAUCUGGAACCGUCGGUUAUCAUUGUGCUGACCGACGGGGGAAAGUAUUCCUUCAGGAAUGGAGUACAUCAGGAGAUUAUCCUUCCGCUGAAUUCCCUAAUUCCCGGGGCGAAGUUUACGAAGGAACCGUUUCGGUGGGAUCAACGAUUAUUUUCGCUAGUGCUGCGAAUGAGCGGGAACCGAGCGGACGAACGCGUGGACGGCAAGGUGCCCCAUGAUGAGUCGAUGAUCGAGAAGAUGUGUGAGGUCACGGGUGGUCGAUCCUACAAGAUCCGCUCGCAAUACGUACUGAACCAGUGCAUCGAAAGUUUGGUGCAGAAGGUCCAGCCGGGAGUGGUGAUCCACUUCGACCAGCUGCUUACGACCAACAAUGGCGAAAACGGCGCCGCAGGUGGCGCGGAUCUGCAAUUCCAGUCGAUCAAACGCAUGAUCUACGUACAGAAACACCCGCAGCAGAAAACGUUCCCGGUGGGCUUCUGGCCAAUACCGGAACCCUACUGGCCGGAUCCGAAAACAAGCACCCUGCCGCCACGGGACGCUCAUCCGAAGAUCAAAAUCAUUACCCCCUGCUGCGAUGAGCCGGUGAUGCUGCGUAACUUCCCAAUCGACAAGUACGAACUGGAACCGAGCCCGCUGACGCUGCAGAUCUUGUCCAAAAAAGAAACCAACAAGGUGUGGCCACUGAUCGUAUCCAGUGGAAUGCAUGGAAUCGAGAUGCCGUUCGGGUUUCUGAAGCCGAGCAGCACGAUGACGGUGGUCAGUUUGUAUGUCCUGCCGUACAAUUAUCAGACCUUUCUGCCACUGAUAAAUGAUCUAUUUCAUAAGUACAACCUCAAUCCGCCGAACGAUUGGAUCUACAAGUUCAGCAACUACGUGAAAUCGAUCCCACAGUACUAUUGUCCGUUCCUGCGGCGGGCUCUGGCCACGACGCCUAAUGUACCUUACCAGCUGGUGCAAUACAUACUGCCGGAGAACUUGGACAGCUAUCUGAGCCCGGCGGUGGCGAAUCAUCUCAAGCAGAUGAAAAACACGGCCAAACAGGAUCAAGAGAAUUUAUGCUUGAGGGUGUUCAAGCAGUUGAAGCAGCCGAAGCCCGCCUACCAUCAGUUGGAAACGGUGAAACUGAACCCGGGCUUACAGCUAAAGCGCGACCUGAUAUCGCAUCCAAUGCUGAAGGAUGCGUUCAACAAAGUUCACGCGGACAUUGCUAGUUUUGAUAACUACACGAUUGUGGUACCCACAGUGAUGAGGCCAGCUUCGACGAAAAACUAUCGAAAUCCGUUCGACAUCCCCAGGCGGGAUCUGAUCGACGAGAUUGCCCGAAUGCGGGAAAACUUCUUCCGGUUGCCGACUAGUGGGAUCACGGUGUUCACCAAGGAUAGUGGGCACUGCUUGCCGAUUGCGGACAUGGGUAACUACCAGGAGUAUCUGAAGAAUAAGGAUGCACCACUCAGGGAACUGGAGCCGACCAACGUGAGGCAGCAUAUGUUCGGUAACCCGUACAAGAAGGACAAGAACAUGGUGAUGGUGGACGAAGCAGACUUGAACGAAAUUGCACCGAUGAAGGGUGGACGAGGUGAGAUGGCAGGUGCUCUGAAGAGUAGGACAGAUCCAAAUGCAAGACUGAGCCGAAAGCGGAAAGCGGGACCAAUUAGAAAAGAUUACGUUUUCAAACGACGAUGUUUUGGAUUGAGUAUGAGCUCUUCGUCCAGUGUGACGUCGGAUACGAGUUCUCAGUCGGACUUCACAUCGGAUGAUGAUAGUGCUUCCGUGAGCAGCAUCGGAUCGGAGGUGGAUCUCGAUGACGAUCAGGACGGUAGGUUAGUGGUGGACUUCGAAUUCCCCAACGAUAAAGAUGAGGAAAGUCCCAUCAAUGCUCACGUACAGAAGUUCAUCGAAGGUCCAGACGAAGGUGGCAGCAUUGGCGCGGGACCACCUCCUCCGGAUCCCAUGAUCCCCAUAAUUCCUGAGUAUGCACUUCCACCCGCCUCCAUCACACAAAUGUCGUACCAUCACACGCACCCACAUCACCACCAUCUACAUCAACCGGUAGCUCCUCAGCCGAGUAUCGUCGUGGCGUCUUCGUCGAAUCCCAGUUCACCGCUGGUCGGAAGCAGCGCCAGCAGCAGUAGUUCCAGUUCCAUCAGUUUAGCAUCCACUAGCGCAUCGUCCAAUGACAUGAACGAUGUGUUGGAAAUCUCCAAUAUUCUUAAAACCUGCCACAAUGGCGGCAACAGUUACGCUACCCCGGAGGAACCUCCUCCCGAACCGGAACCCAUCAAACCGCACAAACCGUCAAAGUCCAGCAAAAGCGACCAUUCUGCUGUGAAAGCAGAAAGCACGACCACUUCCUCCACCGCCGGGAGCGAACGAAUACUGCUGAAUGGUGGAGACCACUUCCCCGCACCGACAACGUCCAAAGCACCGGCCCCGGCGGUGCGGAAAGGCCCACGUCCACUAACCGAAGCUGAAAAGCAACGAUUCCGCGAAGAGAACUACGAAACGCGGACCAUAGUCUUCAAAGACAUCCGGCGGCCCGGGCGAAACUACUCCCUCCUGUUGGAACACCUCCACCUCAUCAAGGGCGAUCUGCAGAUCAAGCAGGAAUUUAUUGAGAUGUGCGUUCACGAGGCGCUACGGUUUCGAAGGAGAAAAAUGGCCGACAAUAUCCAGGAGUGGUGGGACGCUCAACUGGAAGCGAUGAAACAGGAAGAAAAAGUCCAGCAAAAGCAGCAGCAGCAGCCAACAAAGGCAAAUUGUGUCAAUAAUAGCGCUUAUUCGAAUCACCAAUCGGCGGCACGGCAUUCGCGACUGUCGGCCGCCGGAAGUUCUAGCAGCAGCAGCAGUAGUAGCAGUAGUAGUUCAAGCAGUAGUAAAAGCAGUAGUAUCCUUUUUUCCCACCAGUCACAUCCCCCCAACAAGCAGCAGCACCACGGGCAACACAAACAUUCGAAUCAUCAGAGUGGUAGCAGUAGGAUAUGAGAGUCGGUGGACGCCGGAGGCGGAGGCGGGUGUUAAAUUGUAAAUUUAUGCAGAACGUUAGUUUUUUCUUAAAAUUUUAUUUGAUCAUUGUUCAAAGUGUAGUUAAACAAAAGGACUGAGAACAAAAAUGUUUAUUAUUUUUUUCUGGUUAGCGAAGGUGUAAAAAUAGUUCAAAACAACUUGCUGCAAGAGAUGGAUGGAAUGCGCGGGCAAGCGAGAGUGUGAGAUCGUAACACAAUUUGUUCUACAACAGAAGGUAGUUUUGUUACUGUUUUCCUUUUUAUUAAUUUUAAAGUAUGCAAAAAGAUUACGGAAGGAAAAUUUAAAAUCAAAUUGAAUCACUUUGAUAAAGGUAGAAAAGCAAAAAUGUAGUGGUAAGGACAAGAGAAGUUGAGUGUAAAUAGAUAAAUGUUAAAUAAAACGCCUACAUGAUAAGAA